AUGGCAAUCCAAGCUCAUCAGCCGCCUAGACCACCAAGGACAGGGAAGCCUCGACGACCUAGACCUCAUCAGCCGCCUCCCGACGAGGUGCUCGGCACCGUCGUCUCCCUCCUCCCCACCAAGGACGGAGCGCGCACGCAAGUCCUCUCCCACCGCUGGCGUCCCCUCUGGCUCUCAUCCAAUGCGCCGCUCAACCUCGAGGUUGACCUCGGCCGCAGCCUCCCGGUCUCCAAGAUCCUCUCCGAUCACCCGGGCCCGGCCCGUCGACUCUGGCUCGACGCUCCUCCCGACCUCGCCCCCCUGGACUACUGGAUUUGCUCCGGGAGCCUCGUAGGCCUCCAGGACCUCGAGGUCAACAUCUCGCUAUCGACGGUGUCGGACUCGGAAUGGCGUUACUUCCGGCCGUGGUUGCCGUGGGACGCGCUGAUCCUCUUCGCGCCCACGCUCCGUAUGCUCAGCCUCACCCGCUGCGGAUUACUCCACCACGAUGGCGUGCCACCGAGUUUUCCGCACCUGAAGCAGCUCUUUCUCUGCGAUGUCGGCAUCUCGGAGGACUAUCUGCAGAGCAUGAUAUCCAACAGCCACUUUCUGCAAAGCGUCUCGUUGGACGCCAUUAGUUUUGAUCGUCUUUGCAUCAUCUCGCCGACUCUCAGGAGCAUCAGCUGCACCUGCAUCGGCUGGGAAAGUGACGUCACUUCACCGGAGCUGGUCAUUGAGGAUGCCCCUUCCCUUGAGAGGCUAGUAAUAACACUUCAUCAAGACCGUGGUCCGGUGACCAUCCGAGUAAUCCGGGCACCUAAACUGGAGAUACUUGGUUCGUUAUCUGAAGGCAUAUCCACUCUCCACAUUGGAACCACGGUUUUUCAGAAAAUGGUUGCUGUCAGCUUGACAACCAAAAUGCACACGAUGAAGAUUUUGGUUCUGGACUCUGUUGGUCCUAAUUUGGAUUCGGUUGUUAGCUUCCUCAAGUGCUUCCCUUGCUUGCAGAAGCUGUAUAUCUUUUCGCAUCCAAGGAACGAUGAUAAUAAUGUGCGGGAGUAUGAUCCACUUGAUCCAAUUGAAUGCCUUGAACUCAAUUUAAAAAAGGUGGUGCUGAAGAACUAUGAUGGUAACAAGAGGCCAGUAAUUGAUUUUGCCAAGUUCUUUAUUUUGAAUGCGAAAGUGCUAGAGGAAAUGGAAAUCGGAGUCCUCAACCAAUGCAACGACGAAUGGAUGCGCUAUCAACAUGGACAGCUGCAAGUGGAGAAUAGAGCUUCUCGAGAUGCAAACAUUGAACUGAAGAAGGAUGCAGAAGGGAAAUUCAAACACCACAGGCAUACCCAUGAAUUUUCAAUGGCUGAUCCUUUUGAUGGGCCCCAUUGACGCUAGCCACACAUGUUCUAGGUAGUCUUUCCGGAUAUGUGUCACCGGCUGCCCUUGUUUUGUCUGUCUAAUGUAGUAAUGUUCUCUCAAGCCGCAAAAUGAUUUGCUUCAUUCAGCAAUGGAAUGCUUAUGUCACCCACUUUUGAAGCAAACCAGGGUUCA